CACAUAAUAUUUUUUAGCCGCUGUUAGUUGAUGGAGAAUAGAGAUUGUUUUUGUAUGCAGUACGAUAAUAAAUUUAUACGGGUUGUGACUUGUGACAAAUUGUGCAAAGUGAUAGUAGACAAUGUUAUCGUCCAACAUAUGACUGGUGACGGUCUUUGAUAAUACAACACUGCGCUACCAUUGUUCGUCAAUAAAAAACACUUAAGCUCGGACGCGACACGAUGGUUUGACACCGAAUACUACCUCACCACGGAUCGUAUUUAUGUAAUAAAAUAACAAUAAUAUAAUAGUUAUAAAAUAAUAAUAAUAGUUUUACAAUUGUAUUGCCAUACGGGUUUUUUGCCGCCACAGUACAGCACCGAAAACCGAAGUACACCGACGAAGUAUGACUACAAUAAUUAUUGUUUAAAAAAAAAAAGAAGAAACUUCCUAAAAAGCGAGGAAAAAAAUUAACACUUAGAACUUCUUUAACACACUUCACAAUGGAAGAUGAGCAGCCUGUGGCGUCUGGGUCUGUCAAGUAUCAUCAUAUUGAAGAAGACAUAAUAACAUGGAAACACCCAAGUCAUUUACUACAGCGACUUUUGGCAUUAUUUUUUAUGUGCAUAAUAGGAUUCGGUUCAUAUUUUUGUUAUGACAACCCUGGAGCAUUACAAGACAAUUUCUUAAAAGACAUGAACCUAACUACAUCGCAGUUUGUGUAUCUAUAUUCUUGGUACGCUUGGCCAAACGUUAUUCUGUGUAUUGUCGGUGGAUUUUUAAUUGACAGGGUUUUUGGACUUCGUUUAGGUACCAUAAUUUACGCUUUAUUGGUCGUGAUCGGCCAAAUAGUGUUUGCGGCUGGUGCGUAUUUCAAUACACUUUGGCUGAUGCUUCUAGGCCGUCUUAUAUUUGGAACUGGCGGUGAAUCUUUGGCAGUUGCGCAAAAUAAUUAUGCCGUGUUGUGGUUCAAAGGAAAGGAACUUAAUAUGGUGUUUGGAUUUCAACUGAGUUUUGCAAGGGUGGGAUCGACAGUGAAUUUCCUUGUUAUGGAGCCGCUGUACAAGUAUGUCAAGACAGUUUAUCAGGGUCCUGAUAAUGUGUCCAUGUCCAUAGUGUUACUUAUAGCGAGUUUGACUUGUGUCAUUUCGUUGGUAAGCGGAUUGCUGCUCGCUUGGCAAGACAAACGAGCGGAAAAAUUGCUUCACCGAAAAUUACCCGAGUCCGGUGAAGUUGUUAAAUUGACAGACGUCAAACAUUUUACCAAAUCGUUUUGGCUCAUAUCGUUUAUAAUUGUUUGUUAUUAUGCGUCCAUAUUUCCAUUUGUGGCUCUUGGAAAGGUAUUUUUUGAGAAAAAAUAUAACUAUUCUCCUGGUGAAGCUAACAUCAUCAACGGAUUGAUCUACAGUUUAGGCGCCUUUCUCGCGCCUCUGUUCGGCUUUGUGAUCGACAAAACUGGACGAAAUGUAUUUUGGGUAUUCAUAUCAGUACUAGGAACACUAGUAGCUCAUAUGCUUUUGACAUUUACUUUCAUUAAUCCAUAUGUGGCGAUGUUGACUAUGGGAACAUCGUAUUCAAUGUUGGCUAGUGCUUUAUGGCCGUUGAUCGCAAUGGUUGUACCUGAAUAUCAGAUGGGAACAGCGUACGGCAUCGCUCAAGCAGUAGAAAACCUCGGACUCGGAACCGUUGCUUUACUGACAGGUAUUAUAGUAGACGCUGACGGCUACUACAUGGUAGAAUUGUUUUUCUGCUUUUUGUUGACUGUCGCUUUGCUGUUGUCUGCUGUUUUAUGGUUGUCUGAUACUUUGGAUAAAGGAGAGUUAAACAUGAGUAUUAACCAAAGACAUGAAAUGGAGUCAAACAAAAUUCCUCAGCCGGAACAAGAAAAUCUACUUAAAGAUACGACCAAUGAAGACUAAAAGAACUUUUAUUUAUUUUUAAAAUUUUAUAAUACCUAACUAAAAAAAAACCAGACCUAUACACAUUUAUUAUUUUUACUUGUGUAUAGAAUAUAUUAACUGACAAAAUAUUAUCAAAUUAUUAUGUCUUAAUAGGCAUAUAUAUAUGUAUUAUUCCAAUACUUAUCUUGAAACCUAAUGUAUAUCAAUAUUAAAUAUAAUAUAAAUACACUAUUUAUAAAAUAUCACAUACAAUUAUUAUAGCUUAUUAAAUUAAUUAAUAACGU